AAUUAUCACUCUUUGUCUUGCUCUCCUUCUCAUCAAACCACACCCCACCCCACCCCACCCCUCUUGUGUGGGUAGGUGCUCUGUGUUCUCUUCACUCUCUUCUUCUUCUUUCUCUUCCAUUCACGGUUUUCCUUAACCCUUCCAACUUCUAGAAUCUUCCGCCGAUCCUUCUCCGCAAUCGUCAUCGGCAACAACUAUCUUCAUUCAACACUUCUCUAGGUCAGGUCUUAAUCUCCCUCUCUCUCUCUAUAUCUUCUUCUUAUUCUGCAUCGCUUCUAUCUCUCUCAACACAGAUACGCUCGCCGAUUCACGCACGUGUUUAUGCACGUGAAUCGGAUUUGUAUGAACUCAAUUGAUGGGGCACAAAAAGCGAAACCCUCCUCCGCGCUCCAAACAUUCUCCGGCGGCUUCUCCGGCGGCGCAAUCCGUCGUCGGUGGAGCCGCCAAUGGUGUCGCCUCGCUGGACGCUGACUCCUGCAAUGUUUCCGAUCACAAUUUUCAUAACCCUAGCAAGAUCGAAUUGGUCUCUCCCCAAUCCGAGGGUUCCGAUUACUCAACAAUCAAGCUCGAGUGCGAGCGUGCCCUCACUACGUUUCGACGUGGGAACCACACCAAGGCAAUGAAGCUCAUGAGGGAACUCUGCGCCAGAGAGGAGGGUUCGUUGCACGCCGCGUUCCUUCAUCGAGUGCACGGAUUCGUGUGUUUCAAAACCGCCACGAUUAUCACUGACCCGAGCUCGAAGCAGCGGCAUUUGAAGAAUGCUCUGGAAUCAGCGCGGAGAGCCGUCGAGCUCACGCCAAAUUCGGUUGAGUAUGCGCAUUUCCAUGCCAGUGUGAUGCUGGAGGCUGCAAGUGAAGGGAAGGAUUAUGAGGAGGUCGUGCACGAGUGUGAGAGGGGGCUCGCCAUCGAGAAUCCCAAUGAUCCUGCCAAGGAGACAUUGCAGGAUGAAAGUGAGCAGAAAGUGUCGACGCUGGAAGACCGAGUUGCGCACGUGCAGAAUGAGUUGAGGCAGCUUAUUCAGAAGUCGAAUAUAGCUUCGUUGUCCUCUUGGAUGAAGAAUCUGAGUAAUGGGGAGGAGAGAUUUCGGUUGAUUCCGAUUAGGAGGACGACGGAGGACCCUAUGGAGGUGAGGUUGGUUCAAGCUAGAAGGCCUAACGAGAUCAAGAAGGUGACUAAGACGCCCGAGGAAAGAAGAAAAGAAAUUGAAGUUCGAGUCGCAGCUGCGAGGCUGCUGCAGCAGAAGUCUGAGUCACCCCAAUCUCCCAAUGAAGGAGAUAGGGAUGAUAGACCGUUGGAUUCCUCUUUGGGCUCUGGUCAGAGGAUAGGUGAUAGGCGGCGGCAUGGGAAUGUGAGAAAGAAUGGCUUUACUGCUGAAAGGAGGAAGUGGGUUCAUUCGUAUUGGAAUUCAGUGAGUAUGGAUAUGAAGAAGGACUUUCUUCGGGUUAAAAUUUGUGAUCUCAAAUCCCAUAAUGGUUCUUCAAAGGAUACUUUGCCAAAUGAUAUUUUAUCAGAAGCUUUGUCUUAUGCUGAGGCCAAUAAAACCUGGAAAUUUUGGCUUUGCUGCAAUUGUGAAAAGAAAUAUUCCAACCCGGAUGCUCACCGGCACCAUGUUGUGCAGGAACACAUGGGGAGUCUGUCGCUAAAAAUGCAGAGACUUCUCCCCCAAAAUGUUGACAGUGAAUGGAUUGAGAUGAUUCUUAAUUGUUCUUGGAAGCCUCUGGAUGUCUCAGCUGCAGUUAAAAUGCUGGAUAAUAAAGUAAAGUUCAAAAGUUCACCAUUUCCUGAGGAAUUGUACUUGGGCCAUCAUGCUCAGGACUACAAUGAUUGUUUUAAAGAUGCAAGCAGCUCUUACAUCGAGAAGGAAAGUUUAGGGGACAGUCUUCGUAAUUAUAGUGCAGAAUGCAGUAACCAUUGUAAAGUUAUAGAAAAUGAUGUCGGAGAAGGUGAUCAAGACCAGCUGUCUAUGGCAAAUCCCACUGCAGAUUGUUGGCCGGUAUCUGAUGAUUCAGAGCGUGCAAAACUUCUGGAGAAAAUUCAUGCAGUAUUUGAGAUUCUUAUUAGGCACAAGUGUCUUGCUGCCAGCCAUCUUAACAAGGUCAUACAGUUUACUAUGGGUGAGAUACAGGGUCUUGCUGCUGGUUCUCAACUUCUAAAUCAUGGCGUGGACCAAACACCAAUGUGCAUAUGCUUUCUGGGAGCUCCACAGCUUAAGAAAAUUCUCCAAUUUCUGCAGGAAAUAUCUCAUGCAUGUGGGUUGGCUAGAUAUGCUGAGAAAGGUAGUAGUCCCACAAAUGAAUUACAUAAUAUUGAUCAAGGUCCUGAGAUUAAAGACAAGAUUGUUUUUGAUGGAGAUGCAUCACGCCUCCUUCUGGAUGAGUGUUUACUGCCAACACAAGUCACUUCUGGUACAGCUCCGGGGGAUGUCUUGAAUGAUGUUACCACCCCAAGCUCUCCUGAUGGAAUUUCAUUCUAUAAUGAUGCUUUGCUAUCCUGGAUAUUUUCAAGCUCUCCUAUUGGGGAUCAAUUGACAUCAUGGUUACGGACUGGAGAAGAUCAAAUAAAUAAAGGAAAGGAAAUUGUCCAGAUGCUUGAGAAAGAGUUUUAUCACCUGCAGAGCCUGUGUGAGAAGAAGGGUGAACGUAUAAGUUAUGAGGAAGCACUACAAACUGUAGAGGAUCUUUGUCUCGAAGAAGGUAAGAAGAGGGAAAAUGUUGGUGAAUUUGUCCAGCGAAGCUACGAAUCUGUCUUAAGAAAGCAAAAAGAAGAGCUCAUUGAAAGUGAGAAUGAUAUGAUGUAUGUCAGCAACAGGUUUGAGUUGGAGGCUAUAUCAAAUGUUUUGCAAGAAGCAGAGGCAAUGAAUGUUAAUCAGUUUGGCUAUGAGGAAACUUAUGCUGGUGUGACUUCUCAGUUAUGUGACCUGGAAUCUGGUGAAGAAGAUGAAUGGAGAAUGAAGGACUACUUGCAUCAAAUGGAUGGGUGUAUAGAAAUUGCUAUUCAGAAACUGAAGGAGCAUUUAUCUAUAGAGCUUAGCAAAAUUGAUGCCCGAAUAAUUAGAAAUGUUGCGGAGAUGCAGCAAUUGGAAUUCAAGCUUGGGCCUAUUUCUGCUAAUGAUUAUCGAGCAAUAUUAGUGCCUCUAGUGAAGUCGUACCUCCGGGCGCUUUUGGAAGAUUUGGCUGAGAAAGAUGCCAGAGAAAAGUCUGAUGCUGCAAGUGAAGCAUUUUUGGCUGAACUUGCUCUUGAUUCCAAGAAGGUCGUUAAGGGGGGAAGUGAGAGCACAAGACAUGUUGAGAAGACAAAAGAUAAGAAGAAGAAUAAAGAUCACAGAAAAGCAAGAGAUUUGAAGGCCACAGCUGGUCAGGUGCAGCUCUCAUUUCAAUCUACAACUCCAGAUUCCAAUCUAGUUGCAACUGAAAGUGACUUCCAAGAUCACGAGGUUGUUUCUAGGAAUGGGGAUGACUUGGAACAACUUGAAGCAGAAUUUAGACGCAAAAUUGAGCUAGAAGAGGAGGAAAAAAAGCUUGAAGAAACUUUGGAAUUUCAAAGAAGGAUAGAGAAUGAAGCCAAACAGAAGCACCUUGCUGAGCAGCAAAAAAAAUCAUCGGGGACAUACAUGGAGGAAGUGGAUGACAAACUUCAAGAUUCUCAAAGGAAGGCAGUUGCUGGUCACCCAGAUGUGCAUGAACAUGUAAGACUACCAGUGCAGGAGCAAUUGGCAAAGGAGAAUGGGUCCCCAAGCAAUCUGGAUGGCCUGUUUAUACCCACAGCAAAUGGUUCCAUGCUUAAUUAUUUGCAUCAGUCAAAAGUUAAACAAGAUCUGCCUAAUGGAGUUGUUCCAGAGGAUGGUCUACCUUUGCCUGAUCGGCGUGGUGGAAAAAAACAUAAACGGCAUAAGAAUUCUUCCAGAACAGUUGAUGGAAAGUUGGAAUCUGUCUCAGUGGAAAAGGAAAAUACUGAGGAUACACAUACUGAUUAUUACUCAAGAGAGCAAUUCAAAUUUAAUAACAGUCAAGAUACUGACAGGGAGUGGGAAAACAAUGGAUCAAAGGCUAUGAAAGAGUUAAAAGUGGAAGACGAGGAGGAGGAAAGAUUCCAGGCCGAUCUCAAAAUGGCUGUACGCCAAAGCCUGGACACAUAUCAGGCACGUGGAAAUUUGCCUCCGGUUUCCAGUUUAAGAAUGUCACACAGAGCUUCUUCACAGGUAGAUAAUGUGGAUUUUCUACCAGUGGAAAACUCAACUGAGAAUGUGAAUGGAGCUACCUUGCUUGGUACUGGACUGAAGAAUGAAGUGGGUGAAUAUAAUUGUUUUCUCAAUGUUAUUAUACAGUCAUUGUGGCAUUUAAGACGCUUUCGGGUGGAAUUUCUUGGCAGAUCAAGAUCAGAGCAUGAUCAUGUGGGUAAUCCUUGUGUUGUCUGUUCAUUGUAUGAAAUCUUUACUGCACUGGAUCUUGCAUCAAAGGAUUCAAGGAGAGAAGCAGUUGCUCCUACAUCCCUGCGGAUAGCUCUAAGCAACUUAUAUCCAGACAGUAACUUCUUCCAGGAGGCUCAGAUGAAUGAUGCUUCUGAGGUAUUAGGAGUGAUAUUUGACUGCCUUCAUCGAUCAUUUACCCGUGGCUCAACUGUUUCUGAUGCAGAAUCAGUUGAAAGCAACUGCAUGGGAUCUUGGGAUUGUGCAAAUGGUAGUUGUAUAGCACAUUCACUUUUUGGAAUGGACAUUUUUGAACAAAUGAAUUGCCAUCACUGUGGUCUUGAAUCCAGACAUUUGAAGUAUACUUCCUUCUUUCACAAUAUAAAUGCCAAUGCCCUCCGCACAAUGAAGGUAAUGUUUCCUGAAAGCUCCUUUGAUAAGCUUUUGAAUCUUGUGGAGAUGAACCAUCAGUUGACUUGUGAUCUAGAAGUUGGUGGUUGUGGGAAGCUCAACCACAUCCAUCACUUUCUUUCAACUCCGCCGCAUGUUUUUAUGACAGUUCUAGGUUGGCAAAAUACAUGUGAGAAUGCUGAUGAUAUAACUGCAACUCUGGGAGCCUUGAGCACCCAGAUAGAUAUCAGUGUCCUUUAUCGUGGUUUAGAUCCUAAAAGCAUCCAUAACUUGGUGUCAGUGGUACGUAUUUUACUGAUAAUAUGUUUGCUACUAUGGCCAGCAUUAUCAUUGCUUUGCUUAUAGUCAUGAUCAUGAACAAUGGAUUAUGUAUGAUGACAAGACUGUCAAGGUAAUUGGUGGGUGGGCUGAUGUUCUUGCAAUGUGUGAAAGAGGGCAUUUACAACCUCAGGUUCUUUUCUUUGAAGCUGUAAACUAGAUUUCUGGUGGAACUGAUAACUUCGUUUGCUGACUGAAGAAUGUUGAGUUUGGCAUCCAAUUGGUUCUGGUGUGGCCCUGUUUAUGCAGAUGCAUUGCGUUUCUGCAUAACACAAAAGUGGUUUUAGGCAAAUAAAUUUGCAAGUUGCAGUGAUGUCAACUAGUUUUGGCAUGCAUACUUCUCUUGGGAUGUAUGGCAUUUUAAAAUUUAUGAUACAAUUCAGGGUUUUAAUAGGAACAACAGGUUCUUACGGGGGAGAAUGAUGACAUAUGCAUUUAAUGUAACUGGAUGACUUAGAAGAGCACAUAGAGUGGUGUUUGAUACCGAGCAUCGCUCUGCGCAGUUGGUUCAUAUUGAAUAUCAGAUUCAUUCCUUGUAUCCUACCAAUAAGCAGGUUUUGGUAUUGCUAGAAGAACCACCAUUUGUUGAGGUUAGCCAGCAAUGUAUGAGAAGAUCUUAGGCUGUUUUUUUUAUGGAAAUAAUUGCCCAUUGUUAUUGGGAGCAUAAGGCAUUGUACGAGGGGAAUUUUUUCUCCAGUUGUCGAAGAAAUAUCACUCGUCUCCUCUCCUCCCCCACCCCUCG